AGGGGCGCAAUGCGACUGUGCGGGGCACCGGUAGUUGUUUGUCACUUGACCCCGGCGCGCGCACAUCCGUAACCUAGCGGUAGCUUCCUUAGAAACCACCGAAGCUGUCUUGGUUAGAAAGAAGCGGCGAGUCUUGUUUUAAAAGGACCAGGCUGGUGAUCAACAUCAACUAGUGACAGACGCCCAGUGAACGGACAGAUUAGAGGAAGCAACGAUGGAAUACCUAGGCCAGACACAGACAGCCACCUACCUGACGGGGCCGCGCCAGAUGACGCAGUACACCCAGCUGCCCACCAUCGGCACCAUGCAGAACACAUACAAGACGUUCGACACCUACCCAGCCCCGUCUCCACUCAGGAGGUCCCUGACUACUCUGCCAUGGAGGCCCAGCACCUACUACCAGUCCGCCAAGGUGAGCCCCGCCUCUGCUGUGACCCGCUCCAUGCCUGACCCGAUGUCCCAGCGUACUCAACUCACGGAGUUGGACGCCCUCAAGGUUCCACCCGUGUUUGCAGCCGCCAGGAAUGCCCUGUACACCCGCUUCACGCCCAACGACUGGAUGGCGUCUAACCAGGGCAACUACCUCGCCUCCGACCGCGUGCGAAGUGGCGCUGAGCGUCUGAGGAUGGACACUGUCCGUCUGUGCAGGAAGUGGACAUCAUCAAGCGAUGCCAGGAGAAGAUGAGGAACACCAUCGACCGUGCCAACGUGCAGCUGGGACUGAACCGUGCCGCUCAGCAUGAGCUCGAGAAGGACUCAAGUGACAAGUUUGUGGCGGAGAACUUGGACACAAACUGCCACGGCCUUCGUAAUGCCAGCCGGGGCAUCGCCUACCACGAUGGGGUCCACCGCAUUGACAACACGAUGUCUGUACCAGAGACCUGGGCUAAGUACAGCAACAACAACAUCCAGAGGUCCCAGUCGGAGCGUGCCGCCUCCAAGAACAUGAGGAACGAGAUCGAAUCCGUGAUCAACUCCUGCAACAACGAAAUGUGGCAGGAAUGGAACUCUGUCAAUGUGGCCCUCAACCAGCGCUCACAGGAGACCACUGACGCCAGGAACAGGAUCCAGACCCACCUGUCCAAGGUCUUACAAGAGAUUUUCGACAUGGAGAAGAACAUUGAGCUGCUGAAGAAGGCCAUCCAGGACAAGGAGCAGCCCAUGCAGGUGGCCCAGACCCGCCUUGACACCCGUCUCAGGAGACCCAACGUGGAGCUCUGCCGCGACCCCGUACAGCACAGACUUGUUGAGGAGGUGGGCGAGAUCACGGACACCGUGGACAACCUCCAGCACAAGCUGCGUGAGGCGGAGAAUGCCCUGCAGGCUCUGCUGCGCACCAAGGCCGCCCUGGAGCAGGACCUGAGCAUCAAGAACAACAGCCUGUUCAUUGACCGCGAGAAGUGCCUGGCCAUGAGGAAAACUUUCCCAAUGGCACCACGCAUCGUGUCUGUCUAAGAUAGAUAUAGGGGUGGAUACAGAGAGGCUGCUGUUGCCGCUGCAUUUUUUUUUCCUCAGGCGAGCGAGUGAGCUAAGAGUGCCACGCGUACGCCGGUUGCUUUAUAUUUCUGAUGAAUAAAUCAUAAACAAAAGAUGGUUUGGUAGUAUAUUUUAGGGGGUCACAGGGUCUACAAAUUAUACACAAAUAAGCUAUUUAGAUUUUGUGUUUACACUUUCAGGUUUUGGGAACACAUUACUCACGGCUGACAAAAGAAAAUUCCAUCCAUCAAAGGUACAAGCAUUUGACACAUUAAGUCUCAUCAAUCUUGAAAAAACUCCCAUUAAUUCAUGCAUAAAACAGCGUGCUGGAACAUUCUCCUCAUUUUUCUUUUGUUUCAUUCAGAUGUUCUUUUAUUGAUAGUGACAAAAAGGAGAUAUUUUAUUCCCCUUAUUUUCUUGUAGACCUCUCUGAAAAUACCCUUCAGCUUGAAGAAAGGGACGAUUCAAUAUUUUUAAAAAGCAAAAUUUUCAAUAUGCGAACUGUUUGAGCUACAAAAAUAAAACAGAAGAAAAAAAUGCUUGAGACCUUUCGUUUCGAUUACAUCUCAAGAUUAUGUUGUCGUUCCGGAAAACAAUAUAAUUUGGAACAAACCAAAUGUGCAAAAUAUAAGAGUAUAAUAAAUAUAUCAGAUUUAUACAAGUUUAAAAGAUUUUAUUCUAUAUAAAAGCUACCUGGGAGCUUUGAUCAGUAUUAUUGAACAUUCCAUUUGAAUGUUUCUUUCUCCGUUUUUGUUCCUUUUUACAUUAUGAUGUAUUUGCAUACAGAGUGCAGAUUUUUUAAAACAUUAUGCUUGCAAUAUCACUGGCCUGCAUCGUGCAUCUGAAGUUUAGGAAUACACCUUUGUUGCUAGUUUUUUUUUUCUCUGCUCAAUGUAAUCCGACUUGUACAAAACCUACUCAUCUCUUUCAGUACCUUUCCUGACCAUUGGAAUGGAAGACUGUUAAAAAGUUACAAAACCUGUUUUCUAUUGUGCUUUAUAUUUAUAGUUAUAGACAAAACCGUUUGCUUUUGAAACAAUAUAUCUAUUAAAGAUUUUCAGACAUUGAUGUAAACAAUUUUGGGAGUCUCAUAACCCUUAUGAGGCUGUGAGGUUUCCAAAACUACACUGCUGAAUUAAAUAUUAUAUUAAAUUAUUGUAACUGAAACAAUUUGUUUCGUGAUUUUUACUUACUUUUUCAUGUGAUUGAUGAAAAUGUGUAACUUCUUUCAUACAUGACAUUUACAAAAUGUUUUGACUGUUUGAUUAAAAUCUUUCUGCUGAUCACUAUACAUCGAUGCCUCCAUGGAGAAUCAACUUGCUUUCAUGACUGAGUUUCAUGAACAUCAAGAAGAAAAAAAUGAAUGGGAGACUAACAAUAGCGAGGUAUUCAUUACAUCUUUGUUUGAUUCUUUUUUUUUGCCUUGAACACAUUUGCCUUUUCUCAACCUUUCCGUUCACUCUUGCCUUUUUAGUUCUCUUAUUUCUAUCCCUCAUGUUGUACAUAAGCCCAUGGUUUGAACAUUGAGUUUAGAUGAAUGAAGCCAGUGUUUCCGUCUCUUUGUCCCAAUUCCAUUGAAUUGAACUGUGAUAAUAUAAAGUACUCUACAGUAUUCAACAAUCUAUUUUAGCUUGAUGAUAGUAACUGUUUUGCUAAAAAAAAAUAUUAGUCUCUGCUAGCUAUUUGAAAACAAUUUAAAAAAAAUUGUCUCAUAAUAAAAGAACAAAAAAUUAUUUACAAUUUUAUGAUUGGACACAGCAUUAAUGUCACUAAUAAAAAAAUAUUCUGACACCAAUUUUACCAGUCCUCAUCCACUUAUUUUCAUCCUUUUAGAAAAUUUUGUAAUGUGAAUGCACAAGAUUUUUACAAAAACUUUGGGUCUUGUCAAACCGAAAACAAAUUCUGUGUUAGAAUAAAAAUAAAUCUGAAAAAGCUA